CUUGAACAGCCUUACCCCGGCGCGGGCCAACUUCUCCGRGAAACCGCACGCCGGCGUUGGAGCGUUUGUCGCCGCGCUCGCCAAUGGCUCCGGCCCCCGCKGGCGGCAGCGGGCGGAGCGGAGGCGGGCGGGUUUGAAAGGGAGGCGCCGGCUGCCAUGUAAGCGCUGGCCGGGAGCGCCGCGGCCGGCAGGGGCUGAGCUGGGAGCGGCCGCCGCUCCGGCCCUCCCGCGGUGCCGCCCUCGCCCCGGGCAUGGGAGCGGAGCRGACCGGGGUGGCCGGAGCGGAGCGGAGCUGCCGUGGGGGUGGCCCCCGGCGAGCCCCUGGCCCAUGGCCUUCAUCAUGAUGAGGAAGAAGAAGUUCAAGUUCCGCGUGGAGCUGGAGCUGGACGAGCUCUCCUCCGUGCCCUUCGUCAACGGCAUCCUGUUCUGCAAGGUGCGGCUGCUGGACGGCGGCAGCUUCAGCGGGGAGUCCUCCCGGGAGGUAGUACAGGCAAAUUGUGUCCGCUGGAAGAAAAAGUUCUUCUUUAUGUGUAAAAUCAGUGCCAGUGCCACAACAGGGAUUCUGGAUACUUGCACUUGCAGGGUGUCUGUACGGAAGGAAUUAAAAGGUGGAAAGGCAUAUGCAAAGCUGGGAUUUGCAGAUCUAAAUCUAGCAGAGUUUGCUGGAUCGGGAAAUACCACUCGUCGAUGUUUACUGGAAGGUUAUGAUACCAAAAAUACAAGACAAGACAACUCCAUUCUCAAAGUUUUGAUCAACAUGCAACUGAUGUCUGGAGACCCGUGCUUUAAAACGCCUCCUUCCACAGCAACAUCUAUAGCAAUUGCUGGAGAAUCAGAGUCUUUACAUGAAGACAGGAAAGGUGGAGAAAACUUCAAAGUAGCACAUCUGGGUGUAGCAGAUGUCUCAUCAAAGAGUGCCUCGGUCCCAGAUGAACUUGGUGCAUGUGGACAUUCCAGAACAUCAAGCUAUGCAAGUCAGCAAUCAAAACUGUCAGGAUAUAGCACAUGUCACUCUAGAUCAUCCAGUCUGUCUGAACUCUGCCACAGGAGAAACACCUCAGUGGGGAGUACCUCAGUGGGAAGCAUCUCAACAGGAACUGGAAGUAUUCUAGAGCCAUGUGAAGAGACUGAGCCAAAAAUAACGGAAGCUAAUAUUGAUACAUCUACUGAAGAUGUACAAUCAGAAAAACAAUGCMGACAUCCUGUAAAGCAAGACUCAGUGGAGUCACAGCUGAAGAGGGUUGAUGCUACCAGAGUUGAYGCUGAUGAUAUAGUUGAAAAAAUACUCCAGAGUCAAGACUUCAGUUUAGACUCAAGUGCAGAAGAAGAAGGUCUAAGAUUAUUUGUGGGSCCUGGUGGAAGCACUUCUUUUGGAAGCCACCAUCUACCUAACAGAGUAGGAUCUGGAGCAUACGAGCAGGUGGUGAUAAAACGUUAAACUAGAAUAUCAAACAAGGAAAACUUGGAACUCGUGUUGAUACUUCUGGUAUUGUUUGCUCUGUUGCAAGAGCUGAGAAAGACAAAAUGAACUCAAUGUGAUCUUUUUCUGGAAAAUAAUGGAAUGCCUCUUGCUCGUAGAGCAUCAUCUUCUGUGGUAUGAAGGCAAUGUUUAGCUGUGUAUACCUUGUGAGAGCACUUGGACUGUUUUUGUAAGCUCUGUCUGAUGUUAGUGAAAUUACUUCAUUUCUGUGAAACAUCUGUGGAAGCAUGAUGAAGCAAGUCCCAUUUCACUAUUUUAUAUAAGAGAUCACUUGUGGUGAUGGACUUUGUUUGUAAUAUCUUUUCUAAAGAAACUCCUGAAAGUUGUUCUUAAAAUAACCUGCAUAAUGUAAUUACUCAAUUUGAUCCUACAUGCCAUUUURGUUUUACAGAACUUAAUUACUCCCAUCAAUUUAGUUUYUAYCAGAUCAAAAUUAYAGCCUCCAAAAAACAGCCCAGCUAYGUUUAACAUCUCCAAAACCUUCUCUUAAUUAAGAGUACUGAGUACAACUUCAUUGUAAGAUUCAACCAAAGAGGUGAACUUCACAAACAAGCCCCCAAAACUAAAUAGAUCUAAACCAGCCAUUAAUUAGUUGUGGUAACUAUAGAUUAAGUUUACAGGUUUAAAUGUAUCAUGUGACUUUUUUUUGGACUAGUGAUGAAAAAAGUGGGAUUCCACAUCAAGACACUAAGGYACAGCAUUGUGUUACCAAGAAAGCUGCCUUGAUUGUUAACCUGAASUUCAGCAGCUGCUCCCACAGAAACUCACUUUGAUAAUGCAUGAACAUUGAGAUUCAAUGGGAUGGUACUGUUUACAAACCUAGUCAGUAGUUUACUACCACUUAAUUUUUUUUUUAUUGUAGUUCAAUCCUUCCUAGUCAGUGCUUUGCUUGUGUUUUGAAUGUGCCUUGCGGGAUUGGGGGUGUACAGGGAGAUUAAACAAUUUACUAAGGAAUUUAAGCUUUAAAACUAGGUAAACAUCUAUACUAUUAUUAAUAUAACUUGUUGAGAGAAGCACUUUAUUGUAGACAUGCUCUGCACACUGAGAAAGUCUUAGUGUGCAACAGCUUUUUUGAACACUUCCUUUGCUAUCUGUCCACUGUUACAUUAGGUCAAUGUACUGUAUUUAAAUUUGCACAAGUAGCAAUUUGCCUGAUGGGCAAGAAAGAGCUCUUUAAAUUUUCACCGAGAAUAUGGAAGAAUCCAUUUUUAAAGGGAUGUGUUAGGUGACAAAUAGGUAUAACUAAUUGUGAACUGCAAAUAAAUUUUUUUACCUUUUGUGGUACUGUUUAUCAGUUAAGGCUUGGAAUAAGUAAAAGUAGUGUGGYCACUUUUGAAAGCUCAGAAUGCUUCAAAUUUUGCUCAGAGCAAUGUCUGACACCUUUUUAUUGAUAUAAAAGUAGGCCAUAUUUAAUAGAUUAAAUUAGGAAAAGCAGACUUUAUUUUCCAGAAAUCUGCAGUAGAAUUAUUCAAUUUUUAUUUGUAUUUUWAAGGAAAUUUCAGAUUUUAAAGCUACAGUACUGUUAUUGAAUAAGAUGAAUAUGAGCUAUUUCUCGGUUUUGGUACUUGCAUACUUUUAUUUCUACUGUUAAUUAUAAUCUCUUUAAAGUAUCUAAUUAGGUAAAAGAAUUAAUACACAGAUUCUAUUUUAGCUGCUGUUAAUAAACGUGUGGUAUUACCAGUUUCUGUUCUCUGCAGGAUUUUAAACAGAAACUACUCAAACUGCUGGUAUACAACUAUCUCUCAGAACAUUAUAGUUUUCUUUCCUGUUAUAUAACUAAUUCAUAACAAAAAAAAAAUCCCAUUUUAAGCAAAAGAUGCCAGAAAUUUGAAUAUAUUUUUUGUUUUCAGUACUCUUUUAACAUUGCUAUACUUGUUGACAGAUCUAUUAAAACCAGUACUAGUUAAAUGGUAGUUUACUUACAUUUACUAGGAAAAUUACAAAUAGUUUGAGGAAAAGAGACUUUUAAAAAACACUGUACAGCUUAUUAUUAUUACUUAUGUAAUUCUCAAGGGAAUUUCCACAGCCCAUUGCAUUUUAUGUUAAACAACAGGUAAUUGUCACAGAUUAGAUAUUUUGUUUAGUAGAAACAGUAUUUUUUUUGCCUGAGCAGAUCUUUUAAACAGUAGGGAAGUUGACAGAGAAAUCCAGCUUUUCAUAAAACUGUAUCCUAGUAAUUUAUUCUUCUGGCUUGACUUACAACUCUUGAGGAAGUGAUUUCCAUUUCAGUGGAACAUAACCUUCACAUUUAGGUGUUGGAUUUUCCUUUCUGUAAACUGUGUUAUGUGAAUAUCAGAGACUGCCAUGUUGUAAACUGUUUGGSAUGUGUUGGUGGAGUAUGGGGUUUUUUAACUGUAUUUAAAUACAAAUGUCUCAGACAUUCAAUAAACUCAUGUCUUCAGC